AUGCAGCGGGUAUAUCGACAGCAGGAGCAGGCGCGUCGGGGGCCGUGGCAGACGUUGACGGAGCAUCGACAGCAAGAGUUUGCCGAUAUGGAGUGGGUGCGCAGGCAGUUGGCGUGGUGGGCGAAUCAAUGCGGGAUUUGCGAGGGAGCGGGCGACGCGCAGAGCGGACACGACAUACAGCAGUGUUGGAGGGCAGAAAGCAAAACAGCAAAGGAGAUGGUACAGAGGAUUAAUGAUCAAGUUUGGUUCUGCAUGUUUUCAGGCUGUUUCCUGUGCAGUAGCGUGCCACAGGAGAUUUGCAAUAGCUAG